UAUACAUAUCUGAGUUGAUCCUUCUCUGUUUUCCAUUACAGCUAGCUUCCAUUUCUCUGAUUGUAAUAUAGAUCGACAGAAGAAGAAGAUGAAGUUGUCAACUAGCAGCGGCGUGUCAGUUUUGGUACUUGUAUUCAUCAUCUUCAUGAGUAGUGCCACUACAGACUUGGUGAUGGUCGCAGCAGGCCGAGUACCGGAGCUUGCACACCAGGCAGCUGAGGCAGAUACGACAUGCGAUCCGGUGCAGUUGAGUCCAUGUUUAGAUCCAAUCCAGCAUGGUUCGAAGCCGUCGAGCAUCUGCUGCCAGAAGCUCAAGGAGCAGAUUCCAUGCCUUUGUGGAUACAUAAAGAACCCAUCCUUCAGGCAAUAUGUGACCGGUCCCAACGCCGAAAAACUCUCUGCCAACUGUGGUGUUCCCUACCCUCGCUGUUAAGGGCUUUAUUACCAUAAUAGUUAUAACUACAUAUAGCCAAGUAAUAAGAAUGCCCCAUUCAUAAUGUUCAUCAUUACUCGUACUGCUACUAUCAACUACUUAUAAUAAACUAAUGGAUCUGCAUGUACUUGUGGAGUUGUGAUAUGUCGUUAAAAGAAUAAAGAUAUAUGUUGUUUUACUUUUUACAUUCAUUUGUAGUGUGCUUUUCAAAUUAAUAGAUUCUGUUUUUUUUUU